AUGUCGUCCUCCGGAGCCCCUCCCGCCCCCGCAGCCGACGAGCUCCCCUUCGGCCCCGUCCGCCGCCACAUCACGACCCACGACGCCAACGGCCGCGCCGUCUUCUCCGACGCCUUCCCCGUCGAGGUCACCCCGGACCCGCUCCCCAACAUGUUCUUCCACACCUGCUACACGACGCCCGCCUCGCCCGUCGACAUGGACGGCGAGCGGGACCUGGGCGCCUACGCGCCGAACCACCCGCGCAUGCCGACGCUGCACCUGCCCUCGGGCUCGGUGCUGCGCGUCGUCGACUUCGGCCCGCGGACGGGGCCCAUGAUGCACCGCACCGAGAGCUGCGACUACGGCAUCGUGCUCAAGGGCGAGGUCGAGUGCCACCUGGACGACGGGGCCGUGCGGACGCUGGGCGAGGGCGAGAUCAUGGUGCAGAGGGGCACGAUGCACGGGUGGAAGAACGCGACGGACGCGUGGGCGAGGGUGGUCUUCUGUCUGCAGCCCGCGAAGCCGGUCGAGGUCAACGGGGAGGUGAUGAAGGAUGAUAUUCCGUUCAUGAAGGUCUCGCCGGAGAGGCAGGCUGAUUAUGAGAGGUUCAUGGCGGAGCAGGAGGCCAAGGCGAAGCAGUGA